AUGACUGAGUCAGAGCUCGACAGUCGCCAUCAGACCCAUGCUCUCGCACUUGCAGACCAGUCUGGGGCAGUCCCUACCUCUGCAGAAGCAAGGUCCAAGCGUCGCAUCGGCGCAUUAGAAGAGGAACUAGAAAUGAUGAAGCAAGACAGAGGAACUAAGCAGAGGUUCGUCAGUUACUACUUUGCUUACUGCAGGGCAAUAUGGCGCAUGGUCGUUCUUUAUACCAACUUGGAUGAUUUGAUCGCCGAAAAUGACCGCAGGUACGAGGAGCAAGAACUUGAACUUGACAGUACCGGAGAACAGGAUCGUUUGCAACGUGGCUAUAUCUUACUCGCACAAGUUUUGCCGUGGCUGCACGAGAAGUUCGCUGAACUCGACAUUGAUGACUGCAAAGACAUGAAGAAAAAGGCGAAUGCCGCCCAUGGCGACGACACCUCCACUCUCAAGGACCUAGUCGCUGCCUGGCUCAAUGAAGGCUUUCACCCAUCUCGUUUACUCAGUUCUGACGACAAGCAGUCACGCGGCUUCAUACAUGACGUUUGUGGGAAGCUGCUUUGCCCUGCUGAAUGGGACUGGGGUAAUGACAAGGUGAAGGCUGGCAUUCGUGACAGAAUGUCAGACUAUAUCGUGUCGGAAAAUUCUUGGCCGCUCUUUUUGUAUGACAGCUACAAAGUUAAUGCUGACAACCUCGAGCAAGGCCUCUUUAAAUCCAAAAUUUUAGUUCAGGCUUUCAAAGCCAUAUUUACAUCUCCAUCUUCCGCAAAGGAAGCUGAUGGAGAUGGCAAUGGAGCUGACGUCAAAACCUGUGUGGCCUCUAUCAUCGGCAUGCGUAAAGUCACCCCUCGCUCCCUAGCAUAUAUAGUCUGUCAGGUUUGCUUCGCCCUGUCCAGCGUCUCAUCUUGGCGUACAGUGGAUGGCAACUUUGACUACGAAGCAUUCUGGAAUAAUGUGGUGGACUUUUUUGAGGACGUCCCUGGCCCCGUCACCCAACGUAGGGUGAACGACCUUCUUGAAUGGUGGACUAGGAAAGUUUUUGGAAAAAGCCAUCGCGAGGACCUGACGCCAGAAGUGGUAUCCCGGAUAUCUGUUACAGCACUUGCUGAGCAGAGGAAGGUGCUGGAGGAUGCCGCAUUCGACUCAGACUAA